UUCAAGUAAUUCGCACAGUGGUUCAUACGUUUAACAGCGACUAUACGUAAACAAUUGAACGUGAUAAGAUUCGGCCGCGAGUGAAUUGCGAUGAUCGUGAGCGAUAAGGAUCGCGCAAGGAAAAAUACCGGCAUGCGCAUAGCAUGGAGCUUCCGGUUUCCAUCUAUGGGCACCCUGCAAAAUCUAGGCGCCAGUGGCCGUCGCCGAAAGAGAAACGGCAUAUCCUCUUCAACCUCUUGUAAGGAACUCCAUCAAAAACGACACACGAUCCAUCUACAGCCGGAAGUAAUUAUUCAGAAGGAGCCAUCGUUCAUCGUGACGCCACCGUCGCCGGAAGAUCCGACCGAGGAAAACAGAAGGUCGUUGGAAGUUAAGGUCGACGAGGCGGAGGAGGAAGUGGCGGCCAGAAGGGAGGACUGCGACGCGCACAGGGCCAACAGCAACGACUAUUCCAAUCUACCAAUGGAUCCACCCGAAGAGUCGACUCGGAAACUUCUGGAACGAGAACUUCGACUUUUAGAUCCCAGGGACCUAAGAUCGCACGCCUGGUAUCAUGGCAGCACUCUUCGGGGUGGUCGGAAGGGCGCUGAAGCGGAAGUACCGAACGACGGUGACUUCCUGGUCCGGGACUGUGCCUCCCAGCCUGGAAAUUACGUCCUUACGGUACGAUGGAAGAGCCAACCCCUUCAUUUCGUCAUCAAUAGGGUAGUAAUCCAGCCAGAAACAGUCUACGAAAGGGCUCAGUAUCAGUUCGAAGACGAAGCGUUCGACACGGUGGCAGAUCUGAUAACAUUUUACGUGGGCAGUGGUCGCCCUAUAAGCCAAGCAAGCGGCGCUCGCAUAAUCAAUCCGAAACCAAGAUGCGUUCCCCUCACCUGCGUGCCACCCCCCACGAAUAGUCAACACUGUUCCAGCCCUUCCUCCUCGUCCCUAUCGACCGGCUCCCCACCACGUCUACCUCGGAAACAGCAACGGAGUCACUCCCUGACUGCGCAGCAUCAUCCCUCUGAUCAGCACGACGGUCGUCAAACGUCCAACCAACAGGCAACGUCUCACGGGCCAGUCCAGUCGAGCACUUUGCCACGGGUGCCGCCUAUUCAAAAUCAACCACCGUCGUGUUCCCUGUCUCUCGGUCGCCAGAAAAUCACCAGGGUGAUCUCCGAUCCGGCACUCCAACAGCAACAACAGCCGACGCUUCAGCCAUCGAGCUUGAACCAUCAGAAUUCACACGGCACUGCUCCGCCAAAGCCACCGAGGGUGCCGUACGCCCCUAAUCACCAGCAUCACGCUCAUCACCACCAUCACCAUCACCAUCACCACCAUCAGGGCUACCAAGCGUCAGGAAGCGACAGUGGAAACGGAUCCGGGGACAGCGAGUUCGAAACGAACAAUUCUGGCGGCGCUAGUAACCCCUCCUCCUCUGCCCCCAUCAAAGGAGUCGUGAUCAGAAGCCAUUACAACACCAGUAACGAUGGCACCAACGGGAACAACGGCAACGAGUACGAACUAUCCGCGGAGGAGCAGCUAGUAGUGGCUGCGCCGUCUUUGGAAAUCACGACGGCCUUGGACAUCGAAGGUUUCACCACCCUGUUACUACCAGCUGGCGAACACAGGCCUUUAGAUCCCACUGCUCUGAGAGGGGUGUCUGGAAUGUUGCACGACUCGGCCCCGAGAGUCUUAGCGUCACAUCUGACGAAGAUCGAUCUCGAAUUGGCUCUACAACCUGGCACCGGGAACCGAAACGGGCUGAGCGGUAUCGAAUUGGCUACUCUGCCGCAUGGUCGACAGGCUAGGAUUGACUUGAUCGAACGGUCCGAGUGUUUGAAGCUCGUCGUGGCGGUGACUGUGCUGGCUGGAGCCACCGCCAUCGAAAGAGCGGCUACCAUCAGCAAAUGGAUCAAAGUGGCCAUAGACACGAAGACGGCUUUGGGCAAUUUGUACGGCUUCUGCGGCGUGAUGCUUGGCCUGUGCUUACCUCAGAUACAGAGGUUGGCUAACACCUGGCAUCUGCUGCGGCAGAAACACACCGACGAAGCGUUUAGCUUCGAGGCGAAGCUCAGGCCCACGCUUCGUGCUAUGAACGAGUGCACGAAUCCACAAGCACCGAACACUACGCUGCCACAUCUGUUGCCCGUCGCUCUCCUCGGUGAACGAGGUCCGGAAGAUAUUCUAGGAACCGUGGCUCCGUCAGGCCUGGCAGCAGCAAUUCUGUCACCCUGGGAAAAUUCAGCCCCCGACUGUGGCCUGUCCAUCGUUUGGUCUCAUUUAGAAUCGGCUCGAAAAAUGGCGGAAAGCCUGCCGUUGUUCCGCCGAAACGCAGAAAUUGUCCUCGAAGGUUCGAGGAGCGACGAGUUACUAUCCGACGCGUUUCGAACCGAAUUUCAUAUAAAAUUUCUGUGGGGGAGUCGGGGGGCCACGGUGGCGCCAGAGGAGAGGCAUCUGAAGUUCACGCAGGUAUUAGACGCGAUGUUCGACAAGUGUUCGUCGACCGAAGUGACGGCCUAAACGCGAUCAAAAGAGAAUAUUUUAGAUAGAAGUUCGAUCUGUACCAUGCUUGUUAUUCAAGAGAACGAGACUUGCAUAGGAAACGAGGGACCCGUUCGAUUUAGUUUUUACGUGUAAAUUAUAACUGUGUAAUUAUGUAAUUAAGUAACUGUAAUUAAUUAUACUUAUCCGUAGGGUUUAGUAUUUCAUUUGAUAAGACUCGUAAUGUGAGUAAAUUGUUAGCCGAUUAUAGCGUUUAAAAUACGGAAUAAGGUAGGAUUUAGUCGAGUCGAGUUAAGUUUAGCCACUUUGUAAAUUUAUCAGAUUGACUUGCGAACAAAUUCUGAAGGCAGAUCAUUGGACUGAUCAAUUGUUGAUCAUCAGACGUGAUGAGCGAUACUUGGCAGCCAUUAAUAUGCACGAAUAAUUUUUUCGUUCUUUCGUUAUUACAUUGAAAGCAAAUGACGUCUUGUAAAAUACAAGGCCGAUUAUCCUGUGCAAAUGUUAAAGCUUAACUGGCUCAAACAAUUCUAGUUUAUUCCACAAUAUUUUCCGAAUAUCUCAUACAUACAACAUACAGUUUUCCCGCGAUUCUCGCCAUUCUUUCAACUAUUUCUUCUAACGAGAUCGCAAAUUAUAAGCGUAACCUGUGAAACGUGAUUUUUCCAUCACGACGAAAAAGACACUUCUUAUGGGAUGAAUAUAGAAACAAGGGAAUAAUAAGUGUUUUUGCAUGGUAUAUUCGUCGCAAUGCACAAUUGGGAUGUCCAGCCGAUCUAAAUAUCUGGCCAAAAAUCGUACCACUUAAAGACAUUUAAUUAGACGGGAUUUCCUUAUACUUCCGGGUGAAUCUCGUCUAUAAUUCAGCAAAGAGGUAGACUCGAACAUCAAAAGACUGCAAGGACUUUUCGCGGGUAUAUUGCGGAUGAGUGAUUUACAACGGAAAGAAUAGCGCAAUAUUAGAGAUGUGUGAAAACUCCGAAAAUACUGAGAACCUGAUGGUGCUCGGGAAUGUCGCGAACCCUAACAAAUAUCUCGCGGUUUCGAGUAUGUCUCGAGAUAUUUUGGGAUUCCCGAGAACAUCGGGUUCGCAGUAUAGUCGAGAUAUUUCAAUUUUUCCAGACUUGUUUCCCGAAUAGUCCGAUUCUUUCAGACAGUCCAACUCGUUCCGGGUAGCCCGAUUAUUUGAGAUUAUCCGAGACCUUUCGUGCAAGCCCGACUCGUUUCGAACCGAUCCGAUAUUUUCAGGCAGUUUGAACGCGUUUCGAACAACUGAUUCUUUCUGGCAGUUCGACUCGUUUCGGAAUAGCUCGACUCGUUUCGGGUAUUCUGAGUUUUUCAAGUGCUCCGAUUCUGUCGGGGAGUCUUUCGAGUAACCCGAUGUUUCGGGCUCGCCUGACAAAGUCGGGUAGUGGCUUUCGGUUUCGGAAUAAGUCUGACAGAUUCACCAAAUGACAAAUUCUACACCGAAUUUGAUCUUGAAUGUCAACAUGUAAUUAUUCAAUAUAUUAAUAUUGAAUAUCGUCGAAUACAUCAGGCUUCUUCCGAGAGUUGACCGCACCACCCGACACAAUCGGGCUACCCGGUUCUUUAUAUACAGGGUGUCUCGUUUAAGUGUGAUCUCAAAUACGAUUUAAUUGCAAAGGUGUACAAAAUAUUUUAUAUAUAUAAAAUUGGAUUAUAAUUGGAUUAAAUAUAAUUGGACUAUAAUUGGACUAUAAUUGGAUUAAAUAAAGUAUGGCCAGUAGUUAUUCUGCAAAGCAAUGUUCUUACGAAGGAUUCUUUCUUUUUUCGAAGUUUUCAAAGACAUCGAUGUUUUUUUUUUUCAUAUAACUACAUAUCUCUCUCUGUUACAUCAAGUAGCUUACGAAAAUAUGCAGAUGUCAACCGCAGUUCACAUCUGAAUAUAUUUCUUUGUGAGCUACGCGAUGCAACAGCGAAAGCAUACGUAGUUAUAAAAAAAAAAAAAUCUUCGAUGAUCUUGAAAACUCCGAAAAAAGAAACGUUUCUUUUGGAAAGAAUAGAAUUUUGCAGGAUAAAAUUUUAACGUAUGAAAUAUUUUUUUCAUCUUUAUAAUAAAAAGAGAUAUUUAGGUCACGCUUAAAUGAGACACCCUGUAUUCCGGGGCCUGAAACCCCCGACCAUCUUACCCGAUCCGACCCGGGUUGAGAAUAUCAGGUACCUGCACACCCCAAAAAUAAAUAAAAACAAACAAAUAUUUCGGGUUUUCCGAGAAUUUCGGAUUGCCCGAGGUAUCACGAGAAUUUUGAGGGAAUCAUCGGGAAGUGUAAAAAAAUUCCGUCCAAUUGCAAGCCUUCAAGUGCGCGAUUUUUGGCCGGUUAGAUCGGUCGAAUUAUCUCACUGUGUGAUGGUCAAAUCGUAUCUUUAAGAAACAAA